AUGGCUCGACUCGUCUUCGCGAGUUUAUUUUUGCAAUUGGCAUUGAUUGCAUUGCUACUGGCGGUCUUAUCACAUUCAGUUAACACUAAAAUUGCAACACCGACUAUGAAUGACACAUCACUUUGGUCAUGGACGGAUACGUACGGCGGCUACUAUCAAAAUAUCGUAGACAACUAUACACUUCACCUAUUGCCUGAUUAUAUUGUUGUACAACCGAUGACACGUGAUACGAAAGAAUUUCUUGUUAUCGAUCGAACACAUGAAGAUAUUCAAAUACAUUCUACAUUGCCGAAUACUGAUGGUGCCAUACGCCGAUCAAUACAUGGAAUCAUUGGACUCAUCAAUCUUAUAUCCGGCCCAUAUCUAAUUGUGAUCACUUCUAAAGUUCGCGUAGGUGAUAUCAACGGACAGGCAAUCUAUAAAGUCCAAACAACCGAUAUCAUUCCAUAUGCAAGAAAUAUGUCUCACUUAAAUGAACAUCAAUUGAAGUAUAACACGAAAUAUUUAUCUAUGAUUGAACUUGUUCUGAGAACUGAAGCUUUCUAUUUCUCAUACACAUAUGACAUAACUCAUACAUUUCAACGACUUCAAACAUCACCGCCCGAUUUUCAUUCGAUACCAUUUGUAGAACGUGCCGAUCAACGUUUUGUUUGGAAUCGAUAUUUACUUAGUCAAUUUCUAACCAAUCGAGCAACGGCACGAUUUGCUCUACCAAUUAUUCAUGGAUUUGUUGCAUUACAUACAUUUAACAUCAAUGGUCAUUCAUUCAUUUACGGUGUAAUUUCACGGCGAAGUACCUACCGAGCUGGUACACGAUUGUUCAUUCGUGGUAUUGAUGAUGAAGGUCGAGUAGCGAAUUUUGUGGAGACAGAACAAAUUCUUCAACUAGAUGAUAUUGCUUGUUCAUAUGUACAGACACGUGGUUCCGUCCCUUGCUUUUGGGCUCAACUACCUGAUCUUCGAUACAAACCAAAAGUGACCGUAUUACCGUCGACUAACCAUAUGGGUGCUUUUCGACAACAUUUUGAAGAGCAAGAACGUUGGUAUGGUCGACAAUUUCUUAUUAGUCUUACAAAUCAUCAUGGUGCAGAAGGUAGAUUGAAUGCAAAAUAUCGAGAAUUAUACGAAGCAAGUCAAAACUCUUAUCUCAAAUUUGAAGAUUUUGACUUCCACAAAGAAUGUGCUGGUAUGCGUUAUGAUCGAUUGACCAUUCUUCUCGCGCGUAUCAUUGCUGAUCAAGAUGACUAUAGUUAUUUUGCAAUGAAUAAAGAUGGUUCUCUACAAUCAUUACAAACGGGUGUAUUUCGCACAAACUGUGUCGAUUGCCUCGACCGAACCAAUGUUGUACAGACAUUACUUGCGAGACGUGUAUUAGAACAACAAUUAAAGCACUAUAACGUCAUUAAAUAUAAUGAAACAAUUGACUCCUACAAACAAUUGAGUACUAUGUUUAAAAAUAUUUGGGCUGAUAAUGCCGACGUAAUUAGUCUUCAGUAUGCUGGAACUGGUGCUUUGAAAACAGAUUAUACGAGGACUGGUCAACGAUCGGCAAUGGGUUUGCUUAAAGAUGGUUACAAUUCUUGUAUGCGUUACGUCUUAAAUAACUUUUUUGAUGGUUUUCGUCAGGAUGGCAUUGAUCUGUUUUUGGGUAAUUAUCGUGUGGCAUCUGACGAAGGUCGCACACCGGAAUCGUGUCCAAUUAGUAAAGAAAUUAGUAAAAAAUAUCUGGUUCUACCAGUGACAAUGUUUCUUGCCUUGUCCAUGUGUAUCAUCAGCUUGUUGAUACCGUCGUCAUCCUUUCGCGAACAAAUCACUUACGUUCUCUUUUGGGGCGCGGCGACCAUUUCGACAUUGGCAAUAACGAUUUUCUGGGGCCAAGAAUUAGUCGAUGCCCCGAAGCUCUACUCCAAAACAAGUUACAUCGAUCGAAUAGGAGAGACUUUCCGAAUGACGAUUAUUGACAAAUUGAAAUCGUUACUUCACAUCACGCCAACCUAUGAUCCAUCAUUAACUGUUCGAAAUAUUGCAUAUUUUUCUGGCGUUGAUGCUCAUGUGAACAAUAAAUUAGAUAUAUUCCUUCCUGCUGGACGGGCAAAUUCAGUACAAACGUUCACUGCUCAAACCGAAAUCGACCGAAGACGCAUUCCGGUCAUCGUUCAUGUGCAUGGCGGUGGAUGGGUUCGUGGUAGUCGGACAAGUGAAGGGCGUGGCGGUCCAACCGUCGGACGAACUUGUGCGCAAGAAGGCUUUGUUGGUGUCGUUAUAUCCUAUCGAUUAGCUCGAAUCUCUCUCAUCUCCUACCUUGCUUGGUCGUUGAUUUUCGGUCUGGUUAUCAUAAUUGUCGGCAUUGGUCUACUUUCGUGGCAACUGAUCGCUGGCUAUGUGGCAUUUAUGGCUGUUGCGUACGGAUAUAACUUUUUCUAUAAAGUUCGCAAACCUGUAAAUAUUGAUCAUAUGAUGGAUGAUAUCUCACGUGCACUUAUUUAUGUUCGCGAUCAUAUUCAGGAGCACUGUUCAGAUGCAGAUCCCAACCAGAUAUUUCUUUCCGGUCAUUCUGCUGGUACACAUUUGAUUAGUUUGCUUGUGCUAGAUAAAUCUCAUCUUCAACGUCAUCAUUUUCCACUAUCUUGUAUCCGUGGAGUGAUUGCCACAAGCGGAAUUUACAGUCUAGCAAAUCCCACUCAUGAUUCACAUAACAAUAUUCGUAGUUGGAUUUUUAAAAUACUUUACUCCAGUAAUCUGAUCUACCCAAAAGGUAAAACGAUGAAAGAUUAUUCGCCAAUCGAAUAUAUCAAAGAAGGCGAUGAUCUGCCACCUUUUCUUAUUCUCUCCGCACGCUAUGACAUGGGUCUCGAAGUCGAUGGCAAGCGUUUCUAUGAACGAUUUCGAGCCUGUCGACAAUCUGCUGACUAUCAUGUUGUCAGUGGUUCACAUGGAAGUAUUGCGUCGAAUUUCGCCAAAAACGACGCACGAAAAUACUUUUUCCAAUUUAUUCAUCAACAUAUGACUUAG